UUCUUCUGACUGCUCGUCUCUCUGCUCUGCCAUGCUCGCUCGGUUCUCUCUCUUUACCGAACCCAAAGUAAAUCUUAGCACUACUAGCAGCAGGCUCGCCCCUUUUUUGUUUUUGAACUCGAAAGACCCGUUCACCGUACUUCCGUAAACUUCUUCAUCCUCCUCAACCAAAGCAUCUACAUUUUAUUUUAAUUUUCAUGCCUGAAUUGGAAUGGAAAUAUAAUAAAUAAUAAUAUUUAUCAAAAAAACCGAAACUUUGACGUCGGUUUCAUUCAUCUUGAAGAUUUGCUUGCGGGGAAACUAUUAUUUAACUUGCCUUGACCCAUACGGACUUGUUGGCUACCGCCUCCCUCCUCUCUCAGUCGCUUCUGUUGUCACCCAGAGAGGAGAGAAAACCUUCAUCAUCUUUUUUAUGUCCUCCUCCUUAAUGGCUUCUCUGACGCCUGUUUCCCAAUCAAAAUUACUUUUUUGCAACACCCCUUUGAAAACAUCUCCUCCCCGGAUGUCCUCUUCCCUCCCUAGCCCUAAUUUCGGGUUCAAUUCUGGGCGAAAGCUGAGGCUUGAAGCUCCCAGCAGCAGGAUUUCCCGGAUGCACAUGAGGGCUUUUGUGGUCUCCGCCACCACUGCUGAGAAGCCCAGGAAGAAGUACCCCGGUGAGGCUAAGGGGUUUGUUGAGGAGAUGAGGUUUGUGGCCAUGAAAUUGCACACCCGAGAUCAGGCAAAAGAGGGAGAAAAGGAAGUUAAAGAGCCUCAGGAGAGGCCAGUUGCCAAAUGGGAGCCCACGGUUGAAGGAUACUUGAAGUUUCUGGUGGACAGCAAGUUGGUAUAUGACACACUUGAGAGGAUCGUCCACAAGGCCUCCGUUCCUUACUAUGCUGAGUUCAGAAAUACUGGCUUGGAGAGGUCGGAAAGAUUGACGAAAGAUCUGGAGUGGUUCAAAGAGCAGGGUUACACUAUCCCAGAACCCUCGGAACCUGGUCUCACCUAUGCUCGUUGUCUCGAGGAGUUAUCUGAGAAGGAUCCUCAAGCUUUUAUUUGUCAUUUUUACAACGUAUACUUCGCCCAUAGUGCUGGUGGUCGAAUGAUUGGCAGGAAGGUGGCUGAAAUGUUACUUGACAAGAAGGAGUUGGAGUUCUAUAAGUGGGAUGGUGAUCUUUCCCAACUUCUACAGAAUGUGAGGGAGAAGCUGAAUAAAGUUGCUGAAGGCUGGACCAGAGAAGAAAAGAACCAUUGCUUGGAGGAAACCGAGAAGUCGUUCAAAUAUUCAGGGGACAUCCUUCGUUUGAUAUUGUCAUGAGAAUUACAUCAGAUGCCUUUCUGAUAUGUUGUAAUUAAUGAUUCAAGCCUUACAAAGCUGUUUCUAUAUGAACGUGUAACUUUCUCCGCAACUUCAAGUUCUAAUAAAGAAUGAUUUUUUUUGCUUGA